GGGUCAAGCUGCCGGAAGUGACGGACUCCCAGAACGCACAACGUCGGCUCAGCUGAUCAGUCCUCCAUUUUUCCGUACAAUUUGAAUUGCGCGGCUUGGAUUCUAUUUCCUGGAAGCAUGAUGGCCGCCUUCUCCAUGGAGCCUAUGGGUGCUGAACCAAUGGCACUUGGCUCACCAACAUCUCCAAAACCUAGUGCAGGUGCCCAGUUCCUGCCUGGCUUUCUACUGGGGGACAUACCAACACCUGUAACACCACAACAACGUCCAUCUAUAGGAGUUAUGGAAAUGCGAUCACCUUUACUUUCAGGUGUUUUUCUGCAUUCAGGUGGCUCACCCCCACAACCUGUAGUUCCUACUCAUAAAGACAAGAGUGGAGCACCGCCUGUUAGAAGCAUAUAUGAUGACAUUGCAAGUCCGGGUCUUGGUUCUACACCUCUAAAUCCAAGGAAGACGGCCAGCUUUUCUGUGUUGCAUACUCCACUUUCUGGAGUUAUACCGUCAAGUCCAGAAUGUAAAAAUAUCUCUGGCAGCAGAAAAAGGCCAGCUUCAAGUGUCUUCAGUCCUGCAACCAUUGGGCAUAGCAGAAAAACUACCCUAUCCCCUGCUCAAAUGGAUCCCUUCUAUACACAAGGCGAUGCCCUGACUUCCGAUGACCAAUUGGAUGAUACUUGGGUGACUGUAUUUGGGUUUCCACAAGCUUCUGCUUCCUAUAUUUUACUACAGUUUGCACAGUAUGGAAACAUCAUAAAACAUGUGAUGUCAAACAAUGGCAACUGGAUGCAUAUACAAUAUCAGUCAAAAUUACAGGCCAGAAAAGCGCUGAGUAAAGAUGGAAGGAUCUUUGGGGAAAGCAUAAUGAUUGGAGUAAAACCUUGCAUUGACAAGAGUGUAAUGGAAGCCACUGAGAAAGUGUCAACACCUACUGUGUCUUCAGUCUUCACACCACCAGUAAAGAACAUAGGGACUCCUACACAGUCUGUUGGUACUCCAAGAGCCGCAUCCAUGAGACCCCUUGCUGCUACUUACAAAACACCAGCUAGUGCCGACUAUCAGGUUGUGGCUGAUAAACAAGCCCCUCGAAAGGAUGAGAGUAUUGUAUCAAAAGCAAUGGAGUAUAUGUUUGGCUGGUAGCAUUUUCCCCUCUGCUCAGCCUGCCACCAAGCUUCUGGGUUAGUUCUAUAACCAGAAAUGACAGGCCACUGGUGCAGGCGAAUAUGGAACUCUCUUGCCUUAAUGAAAUGCAUUUAUGAAGAUAAAUGCGUCAAAAAAUGAUGUACACUGCUCUUCCUGUAUAAAUAUGUAGAUAUAUAAAAUCUUUGUAUCAUACUUUACUUAUAAUUAUGUCUUUCUUUGGAACAUGUCAAAACUCUCACUAAGGCUUACAACCAUGAACGCAUCCAUUUCUUUAUAUCCAAAUCCUUUUUUAUCUGCUUCUUGCUUCCAGGCUGGUUGCCAGUGUACUAUUACAUACAUAGGGUCUUCAGUAAUGGAAACAAAUGUGCCCAGCCUGUGUAGUUGUCUUAUUGUUUUAAGGCCAUUUAUAUGAUUGAUUUUACGUUUGGAAAAUGUAACAUUGCAUUUCACACAAAUUUCUUCUAUCAUCGUCUUUUAAUGUUUUAGCCUGUUUUCAAAUAAAUUGUUAAAUUGUAUUGUUUCUUA